AUGGCAUCGCGAGCUGUUUCAAAACCAGCACGUUCAACAGCGAAAUCAACUGUUAAAACACCCGGCAAAGAUCAAUUAAAAGGUGAUAAACUACCAACAAACAUCUUAGAAAUCGUACCCGGCAAAUUUAAUGAAACCGAUUGGCUAUUAUUAUUAGAAAAUGAUGAUGCAGAAGAUUUUGUUGCCGAUGUAUUCGAUAGUAUAUGGACAGAUGCAUCGAAACAAAUUCAACAAAUAUAUAUCGAUCGACAAUUGUUACCGUUUACAAUGAUGAUGACAGAAAAUGCUUUGUCAAGUGUUAUUCAAUGGGCAUUUUUAGAAAGAGAUGAGCCAAAACCAAUCGAUAGUGAUUUUUGGGCUGGAGAUGAAGAACCUAUUCCGUGUUCGAUGGAUAAUUGGGGUGAAGGUGUUGUACCGGCCUGUCGAGAAGAACGUCCACAAAGUAUUGAAGAAUCGCCACUAAUUGAUGUUGAACGUCCAGUUACCGUUCCAAUAAAUAUGCAAACGUCGGAACAUUUCGAUCAAACGCAACGUCCUUCUCGAAGUUCCUCCGUUAAUAGUUCAAUUCAUUCUAUGACUCAAACAAAACAACGUUCUCGAACAGAGAGUAAUCAUCGUCCGAAUACUAAUGAACAAUCCACCAGUGAUAAUGAUGAUGAUCAAGCAUUGGCUCGCAAGGAAUCUCUAAUCGGAAAAGGUAUCAGUCAAUUAUCUGCUGCACAAAAACCUUACAAUCAUGAUAUAUUUGUAAUUCAAAAUCAACCAACGAAGUUAGAACCCUUAUCUGGUCUGUUCUAUUCAGUACAACUUCAAACAAGCAGUUCGUCAGCGAAUUUCACAAAAACAACAACGUCUGCAUCAAAGGCUCGACGUUUAAUUGCACCAAAAGUAUCAUCACAAAUUGGUUCUGAUGCAUUUGCAUCGACCACAAAUAUAACAGCAACAACAACAACAAAAAGUUUGAAAAAAUUGGAAUCGAAAUCAUUCGUCGAUCAACAUAUUGAAGAAGUUAUUGCUAAAGCACCAAUUGCUGCUCAUUCAAUGCUUAAAAGUAUUCUUAAUCGACCGCCUGGUUAUCGAGAACUCGAGCUCGAUGAUUAUGGAAAUGUAAUUUCUAUGGUUAAGCUUGAUCCAGAUAAACUUACACGCAGAAGUAUUCAAGUAAAUUGUGAUAUUGUUAAACCAAGAAAAGCUGCCAUUGAAACACGACCACCUCCUAAGAAACCGUCACAAAUGAAAAUUUCUCAAUUUGAACCGAAAUUUACUCAUGUUAAACUUGUACUUCCCGAACAGUCGAGUGAAGUUGGUGAUCUCAUUCAACCAAUGCCUGGUGUAUUAUAUGAAGAUUCUAGAUUGAAAAAGGGUGAUCCACGACGAUAUCAAAAUGGAAUGUCAAGAUAUACGAAUUUUUACGAUGACAGUCGUCCGUUGAAACCAAUUGCACGACGAGGUGAUCUUGCUAUACUUCAAGCAGCGAGCGAUUUCUUACGUAAAUCAAAAGAUCAUAACGAUGAUGAUGAUCACGACUCUCAAAUUCCUAAAUUACAUCGACUUGCUCGAAUACCACCAAUUAUGUCUGGAUCGAGUACAUCAUCGACAUAA